AAUCCUCGGGCGGACGUUAGCUUUCCCCCUCUCGGGUCUGCGUUGACACCGGCCAUCCAGCGCAGAGCAGCCUCGACUGCCGUAUUCAGAGACCCCAGCUCUCCCAGUUCCUGUUUCCGCCGCAGCCUUUUUUGUUUUUUUUCUUCUUACUCAGUUUUUUUCUGGAGCAAACAAAAAAAAUCUCGACUCGCCGCUGCGACAGCACCCAGCACCAGCCUCCGCAGCCUGCCUGCUCCCGCCUCCACCCCCAGGUCGGAUGCCGCUGCUGGAAGCCGGUGUAUCAUGCCAAGGACGCAGCUCGACUGAAAGAAUCCCGUGGGACAGGAGGGAAACGGCAAGACGGUGCGGGACAAGCCGGUCACCGCGGAGCUGGGCGGAGGGGAGAGAACAUCCGUCGGGCUGUCGUAACACAGACCUCUGAGCAUGCUAGCCAUGCUUUAGCACGCACAGGACAGGCUGGUUGAUCGCUGGAGAAACACCCGCUGCCUUUUCUCACACCUACUCCCGAGCUACAGACGCACACAGCGGCGCCCUCUCAUCUGCCAUUCAACUGAUCACUGGGAACAUGCCGAUGCCAAGGCUGGCACUGUGGCACUUGUGGUGACGGGGUACAGAAGUGCGGCGCGCACAAAUCCGGCAGGAAGGCCGGGCGGGAGUCGGUGGGUGUACGGGGGGCACACCAAGAGGGAUUUUUCGUGUAGGGUGGGGGGAGGGUGGCGAGGCUGAACCAUGCGGCCCUGGGCGGGUUCGUGGCGUUGGAUUACCCUGGUGCUGUUGGCCUGGGGCACGCUCCUCUUCUACAUCGGAGGUCACUUGGUGAGAGACAGCGAGCACCCGGAGCGGUCCAGCCGGGAGCUCUCUAAGAUCCUGGCCAAGCUCGAACGGCUCAAGCAGCAGAAUGAAGACCUGCGGCGCAUGGCGGAAUCGCUCAGGAUACCAGAGGGUCAGGCAGAAGCCGGGUCCCUGGCUGCAGGGAGACUGCGCUCCCUGGAGGACCAGUUAACCAGAGCCAAACAGAAGAUCCACAGCUUCCAGAAACUCACUGGAGAUGGCCCCGGGCCCACUCAGGAGGAGCUGCGGAGGAGGGUGGAGAACGGCGUUAAGGAGUUCUGGUAUUUUGUUCGCAGCGAGGUGAAGAAAUUGGCCAACGUUGAGGCCGGCGAGAGGCAGAAGUACGCCGACACGCUCCUCCAGGACCUGGGACACCAGGAGAGGUCCAUCAUGACAGACUUGUACUACCUCAGCCAGGCGGACGGAGUGGGCGAGUGGAGAAUGAAGGAAGCUAAAGACCUCUCGGAUCUGGUCCAGAACAGAAUCACCUACCUACAGAACCCCCCAGACUGCAGUAAGGCGAGAAAGCUGGUGUGUAACAUCAAUAAGGGCUGUGGUUACGGCUGCCAGCUCCACCACGUCGUCUACUGCUUCAUGAUCGCUUACGGCACCCAGCGCACCCUCAUCCUGGAGUCCCACAACUGGCGCUACGCCCCCGGCGGCUGGGAGACUGUCUUCCUGCCCGUCAGUAACACCUGCACCGACCGCUCUGGAGCCACCACCGGACACUGGUCAGGAGAGGCCCAUGAUAAGGACGUCCAGGUUGUGGAGUUGCCCAUAGUGGACAGUCUCCACCCACGGCCCCCCUACCUGCCCCUGGCGAUCCCCGAGGACCUGGCGCCGCGCCUGCAUCGUCUGCACGGCGACCCCUCCGUCUGGUGGGUGUCCCAGUUUGUCAAGUACCUGGUGCGCCCUCAGGCGUGGCUGGAGAAGGAGAUCCAGCAGAGCACCGCCAAGCUGGGCUUUAAACACCCCAUCAUCGGAGUCCACGUGAGGAGGACGGAUAAAGUGGGGACAGAGGCGGCCUUCCACCCCAUCGAGGAGUACAUGCUGCACGUGGAGGAGCAGUUCCAACAUCUGGCCAGACGCGUCCACGUGGAUAAGAAACGAGUUUACCUGGCCACCGACGAUCCAUCGCUGCUACAGGAAGCCAAGACUAAGUAUCCAGACUACGAGUUCAUCAGCGAUAACUCCAUCUCGUGGUCGGCGGGCCUUCACAACCGCUACACCGAGAACUCGCUGAGAGGAGUCAUCCUGGACAUCCACUUCCUGUCUCAGACCGACUUCCUGGUCUGCACCUUCUCCUCGCAGGUCUGCCGCGUGGCUUACGAGAUUAUGCAGAUGCUGCAUCCAGACGCCUCGUCUUUCUUCUACUCCCUGGACGACAUCUACUACUUUGGAGGUCAAAACGCCCACAACCAGAUCGCCAUCUACCCGCACCAGCCGCGCAACAGCGAGGACAUUCCCCUGGAGCCCGGCGACGUGAUCGGCGUGGCCGGCAACCACUGGGACGGAUACUCCAAAGGCAUCAACCGCAAACUGGGCCGCACCGGCCUCUACCCGUCCUACAAGGUCAAAGAGAAAAUCGAGACCGUGAAGUACCCGACGUACCCCGAGGCAGACAAACUGCUCAGCUCUCAAAAGAAGUAGAAGGAAGGAAUGAAAAAAUUUUAAAAAAUGAAAAAAUAAAAGAGGAGAAGGAGCGAGGAGAAACAAGCAGACUCCGAUUCCAGAGGAGGAGGGUGCUUUUUGUACAGAGGAGAGAGGCGUACUUAGUGCGCUAAGCCGAGAAGAAAAGAAAAAGCCUGUACCCAGGGGUGAUAGGAAUGAGAAUGCACUCUGUGUGUUAAUGUAAGAGCGAGCGAGCGAGUGUGUGUGUGCGUACGAAUGUGUGUGUGUGUGUGUGUGUGCACUUGUGUAAAUGCCUGUGCAUAUGUCAGGUCAUGGAAGACUUGCACCCUACCACUACUCCCCCUGCCCGAUGCUCUGACAUCGCGCCUGUAGAGAUGUAGACGUUGAACAUUGAUUUUAAAUAAAAAGCAAGAAAACAAUUAAAAUCCACACAACUGACCGAGCUUGCUCUCUCCGGAGAGACAAGACUGGGACUACUGUAAGACUGGCACACCCCAGAGUUAGCUUCGAAUCAAUGACUGAGAAAAGAAAAAAAAAAUGACAAACUGGAAAAAAGUGUUUUGAUUUUUAUUUAAUUCCUUUCAGUGGUUUUGAUUCUAAUCUUGCCUUUUUUUAAUUUUUCUCCUGUUUGUUUCUUUUUUUUGUUUUUUUUGUUUGUUUACUGAAUGUACUGUAUCCUCUUCUCUCCAUGCUCACCGCUGCUCCACCUUCUUUCCUCCUUCCUUUCCUCCUUCCUCCUCGCUCCACUCACUGUGCUCCCUCCAUCUCGUCUCUACAUGUGCAAUUAAUUUAAAACAAAAAAGGAAAAAAAAAAAAAAGAAGAAAGAAAAUACCAUAUUGUGCUUUUAUCGAGUGUUUUUAAACCGUUUUUUUUUUUUUAUUAUUUUGCGCGUAUGGGGCUUGUGCAUUGUAUACUGUACAGUGUGUGUGCGUGUGCAGAUGAAUGUGUGUGUGUGUGUGAGAUCAAGUGUGCCUGUGCGUGCUGUUUAAAGUCUAAAGGGGCCAUGUCACGACCUGGUGCCUGGUUAUUGGUGAGCAGUGUGUUUGUUUUUUGUUUUUUUAAUUAUUAUUUCUGGCUUUCCUCCCGACUGAAUAGUGUUUGUGUGGCCGGCGGGGAGCCUGGCGGUGACAGUUUGUGGGGUGGAGGGGUGUGACUUCCUUCAGCACACCCCCAAGCACUUGGAACAAUGGUGAACUCCAGUCACCCCCCCACCCUCCACACCACGCUGGUGACCUCUAGUGAACAAUGGUAAGAUUAUGUGGAGUAUGGUGAACUCAUGGUGCACGCACACACCGCUGACACAGGAGCCGUCCCGAGGCUCACCAAAAAAAAAAAAAAAAAGCACUCCACUGAGAUAAUGUCCUUUUUUAAUUUUAUUAUUUUUUAAUUUUCAGGCGUCUCUGCUGUCUCUUCUGUCCAUCUGUUUGUUUUUUUUUUACUUUUAACUGUUUUAAAAUAAAUGAGGAAAAAUAUGCCUAUGUUUUAAAAAUGAUAACAAUAAUGUCAUAUCAAAUUCAGAGUCCCCAUCAUGAAGGCUUUUUUUUUUUUUUUUUUUUCAUAACUUAUGUUCCUGGGCAUUGUCUUUGAUAACCACAGAUCGAA